AUGGCUAAACAAUUGCCUCUUCUUCUUUGGCUCCAUGGAGGUCCCGGUUGUUCGUCCCUUGGAAAUGGAGCAUUUGAAGAACUUGGACCAUUCCGAGUGGGUAGCGAAGGAAAAACACUGUUCAAGAAUGAAUUUGCUUGGAAUCAUGGGAUGCUACUUUGCCAUAAUUAA